CGUGGCUUUUCUCCAUACCUACCGGUUGGCUAGAGGAGCGUAUAUACUUGAACAGUUCGACGUCGCGUUGUCUCCCCAUACUUUUAGCAACAACAUUUUAUUCAAUUAAUGCAGAUCCGUCGAACGGUUUUUUUAAGCGAUUGCAGUGAUCAAAGUUAGUCGGACGCGGUGAUAUUGUCGUUUUUCUUUUUCCGUCUUCCGCGCGGCCAUCCGUUUCCGUUCGAGUCAAAAGCAAAACAAUAUAAUCGUAAACACUUGCGUGACACAGUGUGCGAACAACGAGCGUUCGAUAUUAGCUUUGCGGCAAGGCGGUGCGUUUGAUGCCGAAAUUUUGCGGCAGCUUUUAGCUUUAUAUUUGCCGUGCAGGGGCUCUUGCAUUUUGCGAAAAUACGUUCUUUGUCGACAUCGAGGGUGUGUCUUGGACGUGAGAUGCCGCUGACCUAAAUCAAACGUUAGUUUCGAGGGAGCGACCUCAACCUCGGAUAGUGCCCAAGGGAUUAUCACGCGGUAGUCAAAUUUUCAAGCAGCACCGUGUUCUGCAUGGGAUGACGACAUUCAUGAAGAGAACCGCGACGUCAUCGAAGCCCGGUAUGCAAUUAAAGUGGCGACGCACCACGCCGCCAUGGCGCUGGUAAUGCGGCGUCUGUUCGUAGACGCUCAGGCAAAGCUUCGCAGAAUGGUAGAAGAACACUCUUCUAACUUACCCUCCCGGAUAGAGUCCGAAUACCCCAGUCCGAGUCCCGCCCCCGUCUCCGCUUGUCAACCCGCCCAUCUUGCCGAUGCCGCCACCAUCGCCGCCGUAGCCGCUUCCUCAUCGUCUUCUCUUCCGGUAACUCAAGCCGAUUGUCCGAAACCUCAGCUUAGCAGCGAUAGUAAUAAGGAAACUGCGAAAAAAAGCGACCAAGUGGUGCACAUAAAUAACGGCGACUUUAAAAAGGAAGACCCCGCAUCUACUGAUAGACCUAGCCUGAACGAAUCGCGAAGAAGUAGGUCAUUAGGCAAUGGAAACUCUCUGGAAUCGAACGAUGAUGGAAAUAAAAAAGACGUACAGAAAACGCAAUCGAAUCCAGUGAAUUUUCAAAAUCCGGAGGAGAUUGUCAAUUCUUUGGGCGAAUGCAAAAAGAAUGAAAUGACAAUAAAAGAGUGUACCAGUCCGGCAAAGGAUACCAGGUCUUCGCCAGAAAACCAAAGAUCCGACUCUCCAAAACCGGGAUGUAGCAGUCAGCCAGAUAUGGACUCGUCUUCACCGCGGUCACCGCGUAGUUCGGACGGUAACGCGGAUGAUCUAUCCGCCUUGCUACCAUCUCCUUCGAAUUUUCCGAAAUCUUCGACGAUGAUACGGCGGCUUCGCCAAGACAACGAGAGGUUGCAAGCCGAAGUGACUCGGUUGAGGAGGUUGGUUGUUUCGGGUGCUAGUAGCAUCCUUGCUGACAAAAAAACACCAACCGAGAAUGAAUCUGGGGAUCCUACUGUCUACGCGUUAGAAAUGGAGUUGCAACUUGCCAAAGAGGCACUCACUACGUUGAAGGCCGACAAGCGUCGUUUGAAAGCGGAGAAAUACGAUUUAUUAAAUCAGAUGAAACAGCUGUUCUCCACGCUGGAAGACAAGGAAAAGGAACUGCGAGAUUUCAUACGGACUUACGGUCAACGGGUGAGAGACGAAACUUCCUUGCAGCAACUAUCGACCGAGCGGGAAGAGCGGGAGAGAGAGCGCUGGAGUUUGCUGAGACACGCGAGAGACGAAGCCGAAAGAAGCUUGUCGCUUGCAGCUCAGCUAAACGCCAAAGAGCUCCAGUUGCAACAGGCUCAGGAACAGCUAGCAGAGGCCCGUAGACAAUUGGCGGCCGGGGGCUGCCUAUCGGACCAAGAGUCGCUCGCAUCGCUACCACGACACAGCGUUAAUGGCGGCGGAGCUUUAACUCCGGGUUCCGGAGGACUUCUCUCCGGUCAUUUGGGCUUGUUGCCGGGUGACAGAGGCAGCUGUAGCGCGGAUUCCGGCGUUCGAGUUAGUUCUGACCGGGAGAGCGGCGGAGCCACUUCAGUAGCCGGAAACUUGUCCGAUUCGACGACAGACGGCGCUCCCACCAUAACCAUAGAAGGCAGCAGCAGAGAUAUGGACUCGGUGUCGCUGAUGUCGGCAGUGCCGCCGCCUCCCAGCCACAUGUACCAAUCAGUAUCAACUAAAGACUGCAGCCCAACAUUAUCUCCACUUAACGCUAACAAUUUUCCCAGACCCGUAGAUCCAAGUAGUUUAUCAAGAUCUGUAGAACAGCUUAGUUCUCCAUUGGAGCCGGAACCAAUUAACAUAGGCAGACGUACCAAACAGUCGAACAGACUGUCCGGAAGGGGGGGUACUUGGGGAAGUAUAUCGAGGGUGUUCGCCCGCUCCAGGCAUCGGAACAAAACUAGUUCCUUGCAGGAAACCAGUAAGUUAUGCGAGGUUUUGACGCAGCACAUUUCUGAAUGUCGUUUGAUAGGCGAACACGGAUACGAACCCUACCGAAGUUGGUCUCCCCUAACGGAAGAGGGUUACGCUGAAAAAUUGAGGCUACUGCGAGAAGCUAGUUCAAUACCAAUGGAAAGAUGGCGGGCUCCUACUGUGCUCGCUUGGCUUGAGGUGGCGCUCGGAAUGCCUCAAUAUGGCGCCCGUUGUGCUGAAAACAUUAAAAGCGGAAAGGUGCUUCUGGAAUUAAGCGAUCUGGAGUUGGAAUGCGGACUGGGCAUCAGUCAUCCGAUGCACAGGAAAAAACUUCGAUUGGCGAUCGAGGAACAUCGCCAUCCUGCUCUGGUGAGGUACCCCUGCAUCGCCCAGCUGGGUCAUACGUGGGUUUCCAGCGAAUGGCUACCGGACUUGGGCCUAUCGCAGUAUUCCGAGAGCUUCACCUCAAAUAUGGUGGACGCUCGGAUGUUGGAACACCUCAGCAAGAAAGAAUUGGAAAAAUACUUAGCAGUUACCAGAAAAUUUCAUCAGGCAUCGAUAGUGCACGGGAUUCAUCUGCUACGAAUCAUGAAGUAUGACAGACAGGCUUUGGCAUUGCGCAGACAUCAGUGUGAGAAUAUGGACGCCGACCCAUUGGUAUGGACAAACCAGAGGUUCAUCCGAUGGGCCAGGAGUAUCGACCUAGGAGAGUAUGCAGACAACCUGAAAGACAGCGGAGUUCACGGCGGCUUGGUGGUACUGGAGCCGUCGUUCAAUGGCGACACCAUGGCCACGGCCCUGGGAAUCCCAGCUAGUAAAAACAUAAUAAGGCGCCAUCUGACGGCCGAGUUGGAAGCGCUAGUGUUACCUGCCAGAUCCACACUAGUGCACUAUGUGAGAGUGAGAGCGAAACAGAGGGUGCCUGGGGGCUCAUUAGGACGGACGUUCUCGAAAAGUUGUGGGGGUUUGACCGCGCCCGCACCAAAUCCCAAGGGAAUAUCCUCGGCGUCCGAAGGGUCCGACCAGAAACGCACGAGUAUAAGGGGGUCUUUAAGUCGAGCGUUAGGUUUGACGAAACAAAAAACCCCCAACGAAAGAGAUAAACCAUCACCCACCUCGAGUUCAGGUAGUUCGUCUGUCGUUAGUCGAGUAAGUCCUCCCCUUCAGUACGUCACUUCUAAAUCCUCCAGAUCCGGAGAAGAGUCUCCCAUUUACGCCAAGCCCUUCGCGCACCAAAACCUCACUAGGGGAGGGUACCAACGAAGGUCUGAAGAUUACGAAAGCUAUGCUUGCGGAUCGAUAGAUGAAUACGAUUUAACUAGAAGUUCCCACAGCGUCGUAUCUGAAAACGAUCACAUAUCGAGGCAAACCAAAAUGUUUUCCGCAUCCACUUUCAAUAAAAACAGAACUAGGCAACAUAGGAGAGUAAAAAGUAUAAGUGAUAUCGAUGCUGCGCAUGUAGGAUCCGUAAAAAUAUAGGUGAAAAAUGAUCGGUCGAAUAUUAACAACAAAUCUCGGGCAAACAUUUUAUCUCUAAUAUUAAGGAGAAAAUAAAUUGUAAGCAGUACUUUGAUAUAGGUUGUUAUUUGCUCAAAUAUGAUUGAAGUAUCUCCUGGACCAAAAUUAAAAGUGAACUGACGUGUCAAUCGCUAGGACUGUUAAUAAAACAUACGGCGCUAUGUUAUUCACUAUGCUGCCUCCUCCCUAAAUACUGAUAAGUGGAUGUAUUACUAUCUCUAUUUUCCAAACGCUGCAGAAAAAUUUAUAUCCAGGUACCCACCCGAGUGCAUGAGUGGAUUUAAACCAGAUAACGUAAAUAAUUUUUUUAUUGUAAUUGGGGUAAAGUGCUCAAAACUUAAAAAUAUUUCAGUGGUUUCUUCAUGUGUUUUUCGCGUAAUCUAUGCAUAGUCAUAUAAUCCUAAAAUAUGUAAGAUUAAUUCUGUUGUAAUUGGAUAGUUUUUUCAGGAUUAGUUAAGACAUAGGAAUUUAGUCUAUGAUUAAGUGGAAUUAAAUUAAUAUUCAUUAUUUAUGCGUUACUAUAAUAUUAUAUUUUUAUGAAUAUUGUAUAUCUGUGUUUUUUAGUUUUGUUGAAUAAAAAGUUA